AUGGCGAACACAAACACCGGGGCGCAAAAGCGUCCCAACUUCCUUUUCAUGCUUGCAGAUGACCUGGGUUUCUCCGACAUUGGAUGCUUCGGCAGUGAAAUCCAAACACCCAACAUCGAUCGAUUGGCCGCAGAUGGCAUUCGCAUGUUGAAUCACCACACCGCAGCUGCCUGCUCGCCGACACGCGCCAUGCUCAUGAGUGGAACGGAUGCGCACCUUGGUGGACUGGGCUGCUUGAUUGAGUCGAGGGCUAGUCCCAAGGGUGGGAAGCGGUGGAAUGGUAAGGCGGGAUAUGAGGGAUAUCUGAACAACGAUGUCGCUACCCUGCCUGAGAUUCUGAGUGACAAUGGAUAUUUUACGGCUAUUUCUGGAAAGUGGCACUUGGGUCUGCGCGCUAGCCAAGGACCCUCGGAGCGCGGCUUCCAGAAGGCAUUUGCUAUGCUUCCCGGAUGCUGUAGUCAUUAUGCUUGGGAGCCUGUACAGGAAAGGUUUCCGAUGGGUGGCUCGCCCAUUCAUACGGAGGGUGGUGUCAAAUUUGAUGUACCGCCGAACAAGACUGAAGAUCCCGAAGGAUUCUACUCGUCCGAUUACUACACCGAUCGGCUGAUUGAAUAUCUCGAUACACGGUCCGAGGCCGACGAAUCCAAGCCUUUCUUUGCGUUCCUGCCGUAUACAGCUCCACAUUGGCCAUUGCAGUGCUCUAAAGCCCAGCGUGACAAGUACAAGGGCAUGUAUGAUGAUGGCCCCUACGCACUUCGCGAGCGUCGCCUCAAGAAGCUCGCUGAAAUUGGUAUCAUUGAUGAGUCUGUUAUUCCCCAUAAAAUGGAGACUACCACUCAAGAUUCAGGCGAGUGGGAGGAGUUUACCCCCGAAGAGAGACGAUGCUCCAGUCGGUCUAUGGAGGCAUAUGCUGGUAUGGUGGACUCAAUGGACUAUAAUGUUGGCAAGGUCAUUGAACACCUCAAGAAGGCUGGGGAGUACGAUAACACUUUCAUUGUGUUCAUGAGUGAUAACGGAGCCGAAGGCGCAGCACUAGAAGCCAGACCUGUCAUGGGAGAUAAUAUCAAGCGCGCCAUCCACAAGUACUACGACAAUUCAUAUGAAAACAUCGGCAAUUACAACUCAUUCACAUGGCUCGGACCUCUAUGGGCUCAAGCCUCAACUGCCCCAUCCCGUCUAUUCAAAGGCUUCCCCUCCCAAGGCGGAAUCCUAGUCCCCUGUGUCAUCAAGCCGCCCCAAAAUAUAUUCCCCCACUUCACCCCAGGCACCUUCAACCGCUCCUUCAGCACAGUAAUGGACUGGUCCCCCACCUUCCUUGACCUAGCAGGCAUCCAGCUCCCGCCAACCUUCGAAGCAACCAAGAUCCGCAGCACGCCCGCAAAGCCUGCCGUGCUCCAAAAGAUGACCAAAUUCCGCGGCAAGGACGUGCACGCGAUCCGCGGGAAAUCCUGGGUCCCGUUCUUUGCCGAGGGCAAGAAGGCCGAGGACGAGGAACUGUGGCAUAUUCAUUCCUCGUCCGAGCCGAUUGGGUGGGAAUUAUUUGCGCGGGCUGCUAUGCGCAAGGGAGAUUGGAAGAUUGUUCAUAUUGGCAAGGCGAAUGGGGGCGUUGGAGAGGUUAAUGGGGAUGGGUGGGAGCUGUUUAAUGUUGUGGAGGAUCCGGGGGAGAAUGUUGAUCUGGCUGGGGAGAACCCGGAGAAGUUUGCGGAGCUCUUGGGCUGUUGGGAGGAGUAUGUUGAUGAGUGUGGGAUUGUUUGGGGGGAGAAUGCUUUUAAUCCUGGCUUGUCUAUUGAGGAGGCGCCUGAGUUGUGGGAGGAUGAGGUGGAGUUGCAGAAGUGCUGGUUGGGUGCUAAGGCUGGGGAACGUGUUGAGUAG